AUGUCAGGAGAUGAUCAAGUGCCCAUAGAAGUAGAUGAAGAUAUCGAAAACAAAUCUGGCGGCAAAAAUAUAGAGAUGACUCAAAAUCGACCAAAGAGAAGGCGGUACAACCGCCACACACCACAACAAAUCCAAGCUAUGGAAGGAUUUUUCAGGGAGUAUCCCCACCCUGAUAACAACCAAAGGGAUGAGCUAAGCAAAGAACUCGAGAUGGAACCUUCACAAGUAAAAUUUUGGUUCCAGAAUAAACGAACACAAAUGAAGACGAAACAUCACCAAGAAGAAAAUGCUCGUCUUAGGGCUGAAAACGAGAGACUCGGUAUUGAGAACAAACAAUACAAGGAAGCCCUAAGCAACGCGUGCUGCCCUGCGUGUGGUCGCAUGGCAGCAACUGGGGACGUGUUAUUUGAUGAUUGUCACCUGCGAGUUGAGAAUGCUAAGCUUAGGGAAGAGAUCAACCGAAUUUCGAAAGUGGCAUCAAAUUACGUCGGGAGGCCCUUCACCAGAUAUACUGCUAUGAAUUGCUCAUCAGCUCUUGGGAAUGGGCCCUUUUACAAAGGAUCUACUAGCAAGAGCAAGGAAUUAAGUGUUGAGAAGAAGGAUUGUGAUGAGCCUCAAUAUAUGGCUAAGUGA